CCCCGCGCGCGCUCCGGAGUCCCCGCCGGUCGCGGAUCCGGCGCUCGCAGUAGGGGCUGCCGCGGAAGCCGAGUGUCCCCCGCCUCGCCAGCCUCAGCCCCCGCAGAAUGUCCUCGCUGCCCCGCUGCUUCGAGCCCCCAGCUCCCGAGGACUUGGGGCAGCGGAGUUUGGCGGAGCUGCGGGAGAUGUUGAAGCGCCAGGGGAGACUUUUGCGCAACGAAAAAUUCAUUUGCAAAUUGCCCGACAAAGGUAAAAAGAUCCUGGACUCUGUUGCCAAACUGACAGCUGCCAUUGCAGAACGUGAAGAGGUUAGAGAAAAAAGUGAACUGAUUCAUCCUGUUAGUUUAGACUGUAAGCUAAAGCAAAAAGCGGUUGCAGUUGUUGAUGUGGACACACAUAAGGUCAACAAUCCUGACAAGAUACUUGAUACUCCCUCACUGGUUCCUGGCUGUUCCUCAGAAGAUUACGUUAAAUCAUCUAAAACAACCUCACCACAGGGACUUGUGCAUCCUACUCACAAAAGAGAGGAAGAGGCUCCAGAGGUUGAGGACACAGUGAACCAGAGUCCAGCUUCCGGCAGCAGAGCCAGUGCACCUUCCUCAUCUGAAGCUUGUGAGCCUCUCCCUCAGCAUCGUGUGUCAAGUCAAGCAGAAGAUAAUUCCAGCAGCUCCGACAACCUGUCUGAUAAGUUACAAAGGAUCACUAUUGCAGACCCAGGUGAAGACCACUCAGGAGAAAACACAAGCACUGAGAACUUGACAGGCCUUAGUAGUGGGAUUCAAAAGAAGCCUCAUUAUAUGGAAGUGCUAGAAAUUCGAGCCAAAAACCCAGUGCCCCCAACACAUAAAUUUAAAACUAAUGUAUUGCCUUCACAACAAAAUGAUUCAUCUAAUUCUCAUAGAAGAGGGUCUCCUAUUUCCGUAGAGGAAAGACGACACAGGGAUAAGAAGCAUCUUGAUGAUAUCACAGCAGCUCGACUUCUACCACUUCACCACAUGCCUGCACAGCUGCUCUCCAUAGAAGAAUCUUUGGCACUUCAGAAACAGCAGAAACAGAAUUAUGAGGAGAUACAAGCCAAGCUCGCAGCACAAAAACUAGCUGAAAGACUGAAUAUUAAAAUGCAGAGCUAUAAUCCAGAAGGAGAGUCUUCGAGGAAAUACCGAGAUGUAAGGGAUGAAGAUGAUGGUCAGUCCUCUGAUGAUGAAUUCUGAAGAUGGGCAUUGGGAUAACCUCCUAUAUUUCUGCCUGUUGAGAUGUUAUCAUCUCACAUCACUUUUCUAACAAGUAUCAAGAUUGGUGUCAGAUAUUGUUGAGGGAGAAAAUUUUAUAAAGUUAUACAAAAACAGCUAUAAAAAUAGCCCAAUUUAUCUUUCAGAAGAUAACUUUGAUGUGCUUGAAAAGUUUAAUAUUUCAAUAUUGUGUUUAACCACAAUUGUAUUAAAGUUUUGCAGUAUGUUGUGUGUUGGUGUGAUAUUUUAGUAUAGUAGAGAACAUUUUCUUUUCUUUAAGCCAAAUGAAAGCAAGUAACUGCUUUUCCCCUUGUUUUUACCUCUUUCAAAUACUUGUCUUUCAGUGAAAUAUUUACAGGCAUCACCUACAAGAAUUAGAAAGAUAUAGGUCCCUCCUAUUUUGAAUAAUGUGGGAGCAGUCUGGAGGAUUUUAUGCAUGUUUGCAUGGGAUUAUGAGGUACUGGGCAUGAAAUCUAGGAAGACACUCAAUAGAAAACUGCUUAAGAAAUGUUUGUUUCUCUGUCUUCCCUUGGAAAAAUGCUAUCUUCUGAGUAGGAAUAAAGAAUGCUUUUAAUAGAUGCUGGAGGGUGGGUAGUCUUUCUAGAUGAAUUGAUUUGCCCAGAGUAACUAACAUAAGGUAUAGGUAGUCUGAAGAUGACAGACGUAGGCAAAGGGAGUAGUUAAUCUAGUGUAUGACCUGACUUGAGUUCAUAAAAGAGAAGUUCACUGACAGCACAUUGUAAAAUUGAUAAGCCAAAGUUGUUUAGAACUGCAAUUGGUAAUUGUUAAAAAAAAAAAAAAAUACAUUGCUUUUUUUUUCCCCCCAAAAGAGGCAUAUGGAGGCUGAGGAAACCGCAGUCUCCUAAAUAUACAUGUUUAUGUAAUUUUAAAGGAUUAUAUGGUUGUCUUCAGAGAAAUUAACACGUUAUCAAAAAUUUCUUUGUCCAAUAUGUUGGAGUUUUUAAAAGUGUUAAAAGAAUAAAACACUAAUUAGAGCAACUUCAAAAUGUUAAUGGUUAUGUUUUACUGUUCCUUAAUUAAGCUGCUUUAAAAUAGACUGUCCACAUAUGAAAUUUGAAUGAAAAUACAUUUAGGUAAGAUGUACAUGUGAUAGGAAGACUCAGUUCUAUAUCAUCUACUUCCAGGUGUAGCCACUGGCUUCCUACUCCUCUUCCCAAUGCCCCUUUCUCCCUCCACUGAAAGCAAAAUUAAAAGUAGGUUGAGCUAACAUUUUCUUGGAUUUUAGUUUAAUACUAGUGUUAGUGAAUUUCACAAAAUUAUUUGAUACUCUUUAUAGAAUGAAAUAGCUCUGGAAAGCUGGAUAAUAUGAAGGGCUCACAGUCCUCUGUAAUCCCACCACCUAAAUCCAUUCUUGCACCCAGAAAGAGCUUCCGUUAACUUUAGGUGCACGUCUUUUUACUUUCCUAUGUAUAACUAUACAUACGUAUUUUUUUUUAGGAUUUAUUUAUUUAUAUAAGAGCUGGGGUACAGGUGAGAGGCAUGGCAGGGUGAGAGGAUUCGCCAGAGACAGAGUGGGGAGCAGAACAGGAAGACGGCCCGAAAGCACUGCUGAAGGGAGCAGCGGACGAGGCAGGAGGGGUCUGCUACGUUAUGUGGGUAUCUCCCUGGCUGGCCGGGAAUCGAACCCGUGCUGCAGAGGCUGCAGACAGCUUCACAGCGCUGUGCUCAACCUGCUGCACCACCGGGGAGGCCCUGCAUAUGUAUUUUUAAUAAUGCAAUCAUACAUUGGUGUAGUCUGUUCUAUAUGUUGUAAACUUUUCCACAUUAAAUAUUUUGCAUUUUAGAUGGUUGCAGAAAAUUCCAUUAUGUGGGUAUACCAUAACUUACUAUAACAAGGGUAUGUAAGCUUUGAGAAUGUUUAUAUUCAUCACUAACCUCAAGAUCAUAUCCCUUUACAUUCUCACUAGCAAUAUAUCAAACUCACAAAUUGAAAACUGCAAUUUAAAUCCUUUGCAAAUUGAAUAAUUACAGGAAAGGAUGACAUUAAGAUUAGCAUUUGAUUACUUAGGGAAGAUUGGGUGUUUUUUUUAUAUACAUUUGCUUUUUUUUUAAAAAAAAAAAAUCUAUUCAUUUAUUUAUACAAGCACUGGGUACAGUCAGAAGCACAGGAGAGUGAGAGAAUUCACCAGAGCCAGAGCAGGGAACAGAACAGGCAGACCGACAAAACACACUGCUGAGGGGAGCAGUGGGCGGCAGGAGAGGUCUGCGUACCAUGUGGGACCCUUGCCAGCGGCCGGGAUCAAACUGGCACUGCAGAGGCUGCAGGCAGCUUUGCAACCCAGCGCUCAACUGCUGCGCCACCAGGAGAGUCCCCUACAUUUGAACUUUUAUGUUUAUUUGCCAUUUUCAUUCUUUUAAGCAUUGCUUAUUCGUAUCUUCUCUGUAUUCUCUUAAGAGGUUGCUAUUUUUAUGAAUUAAGAUGUUUAUUUUUUUCAUGUGAUAUAUUUUUAGUGUGCCAUUUGCCUUUUAAUACAAUUUGUGUUUUGGUCUAGAGGCGGUUUUCUUUGGCAGUCAACUUUGCAGAGGUGUGGAGCUUGCCUUCUUUAUCCCAAGGAUAGGUACAUAAAUAAUCUUUAUAUUUUAAUAUUGAAAAAAUCAUUUUUACACUUAUUGCUAAUUCAAAAGGUAAUUUCUAAUCCAUCUCAAAUUUACUUGGGGAUAUGGUAAUAGGUUAAAAAUUAAACUUAACCUCCUUCCUUUUGUGUCCCAGAAGUAACUACUAUCCUGGCUUUAUGGUAAUACCUACCCCCCCUUUAAAAAAGUGGUUCUACCAGUAAAUAUGCAACAAUACAGUUAGUUCAUUUUGCCUGGUUUUGACUUAUAAAAAUGAGAUACUAGACAUUGUGUCUGGUGUCUUCACUCAUUUUCAUUGCCGUGUAAUAUGCCAUUUCGUGAAUACCACCUGUUUGGCUAUUCUACUGUAAUGGGCACUUGUGUAUUUUCACUUUUCGGCUUUUAAGACUGCAGUGAGCAUCUUUGUGUACAUAAACACAUUUCUGUAGGUUAUUUGCCUAAAGAGUUUAGUUGCUGGAUUAUAAGAUAUGCAUAUCUUUAAUAUUUUACAUUCCCUUCUGCCCCCAUCCAACAUGUAAACAAUACCAACACUUGGUUUUACCGGACUUUUAGUCAAUGUGAUGUUUUUAUAGUUGACAGAUGUUUAAUUUUGCAUACCCUAGUUAGGAAUUGCAUUGAACAUCUUCAUAUGUUCAUUGUUACUAGAUUUCUUUUGAAAAUUUCCCAUUGAAAUCUUUUGUCCAUUUUUCUGUUGUGUUCAUAUGUCUCACUGAUUUGUAGAAUGUAUUCGGGACACUAAUCUAGUUGGUUAUAUUUAUUGUCAAUAUCUUCUCCCUCUGUUUUAUGUUUCAUUCUCUUCAUUGUUUUUAAUGAACAGAUUCUUAAUUUUAAUGGGAAGUAUAUCUUAUGUUUAGUGUCCUAUUUUGAAGAUUCCUGUCCUGAGGUCAUGAGGAUAUUUUCUCUUAAAUCUUUUUUGUUAAAAAUGUUUUGUAAUUUUGCCAUUUCUGUCAUGUCUGAUUCCUGUGUGAGGAAGGGUUUUUCUGGAUGGCUACUUGUCCAGGUACUAUGCAGUGCAACUUCUGCCAUCUGUCAAGCCUCUGUAAAUACCUGUGUUACUUUCGAGGUUCUCUCUUUAUUUCCAUUAAUCCGUAUGGGCUAAUAUUAUGACACUGUAUGACAGCUGUAUAUUAAGGCUUCAACAAAACCUGCCAUCCUUUUCUUUUAGAGUGGCUUGACUAUUUUUGGCCCUUUGCAUUUUCAUAAAAAUUUUUGAAUCAGUUUGCCUUAUUUUACACAAUAAUGGUAGUACAAAUUUCCAUUCAUUUUCAAAAAAAUGUUUCAUAUUUUGACGUUUACUUCAGUGUAAAAAUCUGUACUUUAAAAACAUCAAUUCCAAAGAGCACCUGCACCCCUAUGUUUAU